AUGAGGGACAGAAUUGAGCACAUUGAUUGGAUACCUACUACCCCUGAGCCAUUUUACACUCCAACAGGUUUGGAGAUGAUGCCACCAUACCAAACUCCUGACAAAGGCACUGUGAUUUACCUAGAAGAAGAAGUGAGAGGUCUCUGCCCCCUGCAGCAGAUCCUCCAUCAGGAAGGGGACACCACCCUGAUCUUCGAAGCACGGUUUGAGAGUGGGAAUUUGCAGAAGGUGGUCAAAGUCAAUGAAUUUGAGUACCAGCUGACCCUGCGCACGGACCGCGCCACAGGCAGCUACACGCAGUGGUUCUACUUCCAAGUGAGCAACACGCAGGCGGGGACGCCGUAUCGCUUCACCAUCGUCAACUUCACCAGGCCCAACAGCCUCUACAAACGAGGCUUGAGGCCACUGAUGUACUCAGAAGCUGAUGCUAAGGAACACAGGGUUGGCUGGCGAAGGACUGGAAAUGAAAUCAAGUAUUACAAAAACAAUGCAGGCCAAGGCAGACGACAAUAUUUCUCCCUCACGUGGACGUUCCAGUUCCCUCACGACCAAGACACCUGCUACUUUGCCCACUGCUAUCCUUACACCUACUCCAAGCUGCAGGAGUACCUGGUGGCCAUCUCUACAGAUGAGGGGAAGUCCAGAUUCUGCAAGAUUGAUAUCUUGUGCCAUUCACUAGCAGGAAACAUAGUGUACGUUCUAACUGUCACCAACCCCUCUAAGGGCGGCAAGGGCGCUGAGAGGAAGGCUGUGAUACUAACUGCGAGGGUGCAUCCGGGAGAAACUAACAGCUCCUGGAUAAUGAAGGGCUUUCUGGAUUACAUUCUUGGUGAUUCGGGCAAAGCUCAGCUCCUGCGGGACACUUUUGUCUUCAAAGUGGUGCCCAUGUUGAAUCCAGAUGGUGUGAUUGUGGGGAAUCACCGCUGCUCUUUAACAGGUCAGGACUUGAACCGCAAGUACAGGUCGAAAAGGAAGAAAUCUUAUCCUUCUGUCUGGUACACCCGAAGCAUGAUCAAAAGAGUGAUGGAGGAACGGGAUGUUUUCCUGUAUUGUGACAUCCAUGGUCACAACAAGAAACAGAAUGUCUUUAUGUAUGGUUGUGAGUCAAAGCAGCAUUCCAAAGCACCACACAUGCAUCCACGUGGCUUCCCACUCUUGCUGAGCAAGAGCUGCCCGGAUAUGUUCUCGUUCCCAGACUGCCGAUUCAGAGUGCGAAAGGGCAGAGAAGGCACAGGUCGAGUGGUGAUGUGGAAGAUGGGCAUCAACAACAGCUACACUUUGGAAGCCUCUAUCUGUGGCUCUAAGUUGGGCUGCAGACAAAUGACUCAUUUUGAUAUGAAAGACUUGGAGUCAAUAGGACAGCAUUUUUGUGAUGCUCUCUUCAAUUACUGUGUUCAUAACAAGGAGGAACACAAGAAAGUAGUGAAACAGCAAGCCAGGGUGAACUCCAAGGUCCUGAAUUCUGAUGUGUUAACCUGGGAUUCCAGCAGCCAAACUUCUGACAGCUCAGAUUCCUCUGAUCCUGAUGCAGACCAGCUAAAACUAGACACUAAGAAAAAACCCCAAACACCAGGAGAACAUUUUCACAGCAUUGCUAGGGACAAAGGUCACGAAAGCAAAACUGCUCAGGACAUUGAAGCUGACCAUGAGGUACUUCAAGCACUUGACCCAGUGAAAAAAGGUCAUGAUCAUAGUCCAAAGAGCAAUUCAAAAAAGGAAGAAAGGAACAUGAAAGAGAGGCUCCCCUCAAAAAGUACAAGGUCCAAGAAAACCAGGACAGCAAGCCAAGCUGUAAGUUUUGGGAAGAGUAAAUCUGCAAGGCACAAGACACUCUGA